AAUACAAAAAAAAAUGUUUUUAAGAUGUACAUCCAGGCGUGUUUCGUCAGAACUAAAAACAUUAAAAAGAGCUGUAAAACAAUUUCAGACGAAGUUAUGCUGUCUUAAAUUAUCGAGGGAACGAAAUCAAUUAGACUUCGUCCGUUCUAUCACGUGUAAAUCAAAUUUGACACCUGAGCAUACAUGUACAUCAGAUGAGAGCAUAACAGCCACAGACAUUGGAAACCCUACAAGUUAUACUAAAAGAAGCCACCUUUGUGGACAUUUGACUAUAGGCAAUGUAGGCCAGGAGGUGACAUUAUGUGGUUGGAUACAGUAUCAUCGAUUCCAUGGACUCUUCUUAAUUCUUAGGGAUUGGUCAGGGAUUGUUCAAGUUGUCCUUGCAGAAAAGACAUCAUCAGAUCUUGACUUAAAUGGCCUGGCAUUAGAGAGUGUUGUUGAAGUAAAUGGAUUUGUUAUUCCAAGACCAGAGGGACAGGAAAAUAAGAACAUGAAAACAGGACAGAUAGAAGUUGAGGCAAGGGAGAUUAAUAUAUUGAACCAGUGUAAGGAAAGACUACCUAUCAGUUUGGGAGAUCAUCUCCAACCAUCCAAGGAAUCAACUAGAAUGGAAUACAGAUAUUUAGACUUAAGAAAUAAAUUUAUGCAGAAAAAUCUGAGAACCAGAUCUACAAUGGUGAUGAAGAUAAGAGAAUUUCUGUGCAAUGACCAUGGUUUUGUUGACGUAGAGACCCCCACUUUAUUUAGAAGAACACCAGGUGGAGCAAAAGAGUUUGUCGUGCCAACCAGACAGAAGGGAAAGUUCUAUACCUUACCACAAAGUCCACAACAGUUCAAACAGUUAUUAAUGGUUGGUGGUAUAGACAGGUACUUCCAGAUAGCUAAGUGCUAUAGGGAUGAGAGUAGUAAACCUGACAGGCAACCAGAAUUCACACAGGUUGAUAUAGAGAUGUCAUUUACAACAAAAAGAGAAGUACAGGACUUAAUAGAAGAUUUACUACAGCAUAGCUGGCCAGAAGGUGAGCUAACUCUUCCAUUUCCACAGAUGACUUAUUCUGAGGCUAUGGAAAACUAUGGAACAGACAAACCUGAUACAAGAUAUGACAUGAAGCUUGUAAAUUUAUCAGAAAGUUUUUCAUCUAGUGGUAUACAUUCUUUUGAAAACACAUUGAAGCAGGAUAAAGGGGAGAUAAUUGGACUUAGAAUACCAAAAGGAACAAAAAACUUUUCAAAUAGAGAAUUGAUUGAAAUCAUCAAUAGUCCAUCAAUGAAUGACCAAUGUGAAGUUACUAGUAUAAAAGUAAAUGAAGGAAAUGCAUGGAAAUGUUCCUUCCAAAAAUACCUGAAAGAGGAAACCAAAGAUAAAGUUACGUCUCGGCUGAAUAUAGAAGCCAAUGAUAUAGUUGUUUUAGCACAUGGCACUGGGCACUAUCCACAUAUAGCACUUGGAAAAGUAAGAACAACUGUAGCCAAUGCUUUACAAUCUAAAGGUGUACAAAUAAUUGAUGAAAAUAAAUUUGAUUUUCUGUGGGUAACAGAUUUCCCAUUAUUUCUUCCAAAAGAAGAAGGAGAAGGAUUAGAAUCUGCCCAUCAUCCUUUCACAGCGCCACAUCCAGAUGAUGUUGAACUUGUAAAAACACAUCCAGAAUUGGUACGAAGUCAGCAUUAUGAUUUAGUGUUAAAUGGAUUUGAGAUAGGAGGAGGAUCUAUACGUAUACAUCAAGAGCACUUACAGAGAUAUGUUCUGACAGAGGUUCUUAAGGAAAAAACUGAUGAUUUAGAACAUCUGCUUGAAGCACUUAGCUAUGGUUGCCCUCCUCAUGGUGGCAUUGCUUUAGGUUUAGACAGAUUGUUAGCAGUGGUAUGUAGAACACCAUCAAUUAGAGAUGUGAUAGCUUUCCCUAAGGCAGGAGAAGGACAGGACUUGAUGAGCAAAUCUCCAGCUAGUUUACCUAACAAUGACUUAAAUCUUUACCACAUACAAAUCAAAUCUAGUUGAUAAAUAA